GUGAGAAUGUGGCGGCAGGAGGAUUCGCUUUGUUCAGGACAUAAAAGAUUGCUCAGACGGCAAACAAUGGAGGCUGGAGUGAACUGGAGUCAACCACUGGAGAUUGUGGGCCGUGGUUUGGGGAACCAGCAGCAGCCCAGCGGUGCAGGGAAACCCAGCAAAAUCCAGAGGCGAGAGGCCCGCCAGUACGAGGGGGGAAAGGCUCCCACUUCAGGGAGGGAGCCUUUCCCCAACGUCUACUUCGUGCUGGCGAAAUCCCUGGAGGGACGUGGCGAACGUGGCAAACAUCAGGACCACACCUCCAGGGAUGAGGCUCCAGCACCUGCUCCCGGGAUCAAGAAUGACAGAACAUCGCGGCGGUUCCCAGCGCCUGAUCCUGAUCCUCGUCUGCCUCACCCUCCGUCGGUUCUCCGUACGGGCAUGGCUCCUUCCUGGCCGUACUUGGCGCAGAAGCAGCAGCCAAGGUUUCCCCCUAUCAAAAAUGCCUCAAGGGUGAUUCCGGAGCCGGGGGAGACUUUGGCUGCUGCCUCUGUGCCAGGCUGGUCGGGGCGGAGCCCAGACGCCCGUACGGAGGGGUUCAGGGUGGGGCAGUUAAUAAGAUCAGCGAGGAGAAGGCUCAGCCUGGGAGCCGCCGCAUCCCGGGAGGGCCUGGAGCCGAGACAACGGCCUCUCGCCUCACAGGGUAUGUCUUCUGCACCGCUGUGGCUGCUGCUGAAGCCCCCUCCCCGCAAAUAAUGCAGGCCAGUCGUGCUGCCUUCAGAGAGCGCCGCUCAGAGCGGAGUCGCGUUGACUGGCCAGCAUCAGUUUUUCCACCCGUGGCAACCGCCUGGCCUGGGUCAGCCA